AUGUUAUCAAGUAUUCAAUCGAUUCAUUUAGAUUGUAACACGAGGGCAUAUACUGUGCUAACACGAUCAAAGUCGGCGAAGUCCAACGUAGGACAGUUAACACAUUCAGAUUCGUUCGAGUCAACUUUCAAUGAUGUCAUGAAACAUUUGGAUGAAGAGGUAUCAAACACUAGUACCGGUAGUUAUUUCGACCUUCAGAAGUAUCUAUCUGAUCAACGGGUAGAAGAAGAGCGUUUGCUCCAGGAGCAGCCAGCUAUUGAAAAGGAACGAAUUGCUGAACAACAACGUCUUGAAGAAAAAAACCGUCAGGAUCAGAGAUUAUUAGAGGAAAACCUUGCUCUCGAAGAGCGGCGUCGACAUAAAGAAGAGAUUCGUUUACAGGAACUACGUCGUCAGGAAGAAGAAAGGCGGAGAGAAGAACAAGACGAGCAACGAUCUUAUGAAGAGCAACAAUUUCAGGCACGUGUUCGUGAUUAUCAGGAAGAGGAGAGACUUGUUCGUGAGAGAGCGGAAGAAAGGCAACGAGCAGUGGAGAAGUCUAUGCAACAGGCUGCAAGAGAUGCGAAGUUGGAAAAAGGACAAGAAAAUGCACGGGAGUCGGAAUGUAAAGCAUUAGAAUGUGCAACUCAAGAAAGAAUUCUUGCAGAUGAGGAAACUGAGAAGAUAGCGAAAGAAAAGGCCAAAAGUGAGUUGAGAACGAAACGUUUACGUGAUGAGACAGAAGCUCAGGCUACACGCGAACGAGAAGAUCCGCCAGCCAUUGGAGCAACUAUCAAAUCUGUCCGAGCUGCCGAUCAGUUUUUAUGCGACGGAUAUCGCUAUCGAAGAGAUAAAAGUCAGUGGAGAUGGGUUAAUGCACACUGUACUGGACGAGCGGGUGUAACGCAGCAAGGUUUCUGCCAGUUGGCAAGUAGCCACACUCAUGCAUCUAACCCCGAAGACGUCGCAAAAGCACGCUAUAAUCAUGAAAUUCGUGAAAGAGCAAAACAAUCACACGAUCCGCCACGUACUAUCAUUUCGGACGCACGUAUGAACGUUUCGGUCAAAGCUGCAGCAUCGAUACCACAAUACACAACUACACAACGAGCGAUCGAACGAACACGAAAAGAAAAUGACGUAGCACGGCCGACUCCGACAACGUUCGCUAAUAUUGUUUUACCCGAUGAACUCAAAGUUAAUUCACAUGGACAAAAUUCUUUACGAUAA